GAGAGGGAGGGAGAAUCCCAAGCAGGCACCAUGCCACUGGCAGGGAGCCCUACUGGGAGUACCAGCGGCAUUAGGGGUGCAAACCCAUGAACCCACAAACGGUGAGAUCAGGACCUGAGCCCAAACCAAGAGUUGGAUGCUUAAUGGACUGAGCCACCCAUGCUCCCGGUGCUCACACUUUUAAGAGUAAAACUCAGUGCUCUGUUUUUUGUAUGGUCACAGAGCUGUGCCACAUCAGUGUACUAUGUGCAGAAGGGAAAUAGAGCCUUUUACAUUCCACAUUCACAGGAACUGACUACAAACUGCGGUGAUUUUCCUUGCAGAAUAUAACGCACACCUGAGUACUAUAACAUGUCACACCUGUGGCUGUGUCCUGCUGGGGCCCAGGGGUCCCAUGUCCCACGGAGGCUGAGAGCACGGGCAUGUUUGGUUGACCUGGGGACAGAGAAGCGGGAGCGGGGCCUUGCGGUGUCCAGAGUCAGGUCAAAACGCUGGGAGACCUUAUCUUCUGUUCCGUGACAUCACUGGUCACUGAAUUGUUCUUAAACAUGGGACAGGGGCACCGUCACCUCGCCCGCGUGUCGACCACAGACACAACCGUCACCAGGCCCUUCUGCUCUGUCUCGUUCCGAUCCGGCGCGGGACAAGGGAGGCUCCGCGGAGAAACCGAGUCAGAUUCCCGGGACAAAGGAAGAGGCUGGCGGGUCAGCGGGCCAGGAGGGCGUUCGGCCGGAGCCGACCUUAGGGCGGGCGGAUCAGACACGUGUGUACCGCCGGCCCGUCACUCAGGGCGUAGGAGGCGGGGCCUGGAGGAUCUGCCCAAUCUGGCGCCACAGGGGCGGUGCCGGGACCACCCUCCAAUCAGAACGUGAAGGGCCUCAGGCUGCCCUAUCACAGUGCGGCAGUGCGGUGUCUCGGAGAAUUGUCCAAUCGAGGUGGUGGGGAGUUAUCUUCGGAACAGCAUCCAAUCAGAUCGCAUUGCCUGAAGCAACGCCCAAUCCGUGCUUGGGGGCGCAUAGCGCGGUGCAUUUAUAUUACCGGGUCCGGAAACACUCCAAUCAGGCCCUGGUGGGUGGGGGAUGGGGUGAUGCCAUCCCGCUCGGUGAGUGUGAGCUCUGAGUCGUGGCUGCUGGUGUGCGCUUGUCCCGCGCUCACCCAGUUUUCCGGUCCGCUAGCUCCUCGGUUGGAGGAGGGGCACGUGAGGGCCGCGGAGUCGCCGGGUCGCGGGAUCAAGAGGAGGACGCCCGGAGAGCUCCGUGUGCGGCCGCGAGAUGGACUCUGUGGUCUUUGUGGAUGUGGCUGUGAACUUCACCCCGGAAGAGUGGGCUUUGCUGGAUAGCAGUCAGAGGAACCUCUACAGAGAUGUGAUGCUGGAGACCUGCAAGAACCUGGCCUCAGUGGAUUAUUGCAUUCGAGUUAAUACCAGUGGAUCAAGUCCUCAGUGGGAUGUUUUGGAGGAUGAACCAUCUCAUGAAGAAAAAAUAGUAAGAUUUGCAAGAAAUGAUUCCUGGUCUGUUUUUGGAGAAAACCAGACAUUUCGUAGCAGAGGAGAUUACCUGCAAACCCAGGAAAGGCGUUUGAGAAGUCCUUUUGUGGAGAGUGUCUGUGAACGUAUCGAAGGAGAUCAACGCGGAGGCACCCUGAACCCGAUUACAAGUCUUACCGCGCACCAGGGGUAUCCCACCGGAGGCAAAUCCUGUCAAUGCGCUAAGUGUAGAGAAGCCCUCACAGGUGGUUUUUUCCUAGGGAAUCUGCGAAGAUUUCACCCAGGACUCAAACCUAGUCCCUGUGAGGAAUGUGGGCUGGCCUGUAGCUGUGUCGCGAGCCUCAGCACUCAGGUGGACGCAGGCCUUGUAGAGAAACCCUAUGAAGGUCAGGACGCCGGGAGAGCAUCGGAGACGUAUGCGAAGAGUCUCAGUAGUAAAAUAUCUCUAGAGUGCAAGAAAUGUGGAAAAGCUUUCAUUUGCACGUCUUCCUUUCAGGGUCACGUGCGAGGUUCCUGUGGACAGAGUGUCCAUGCGUGUGGCGUGUGUGGGAAUGCCUUUAUGUUUCACUCCCGUCUUACGUGUCACGUGAGAACUCACGCCGGGGAGAGGCCCAGUGAUUGCAUAGACUAUGGGAAGGUUUACAGCUGCCUCUCUUACGCUCAAGGUCACUCAAGUAAUCAACCUGGGGAAAGAGUUUUUCAGUGUGGGCUCUGUGGGAAAGCCUUCACUCGUCGGACCUACCUUCAAAGUCACGUGAGAACGCAUACUGGGGGAAAACCCUACAAAUGUCAGGAGUGUGGAAAAGCCUUCACUCGUCGGGCCUACCUUCAAAGUCAUCUGAGAAAGCACAGUGGAGUGAAAUCUUUCAAGUGCCAGCAGUGUGGAAAAGCCUUCUAUUCGUCCUCGUACCUUCAAAUACAUGCACGGAUACAUACUGGGGAGAGACCCUGCGUGUGUCAGCAUUGUGGGAAAACGUUCAGAUACCCCGCCAACCUGCGAGCUCACGUGAGGACACACACCGGGGAGAGGCCCUACGAAUGUAAGGAGUGUGGAAAAACCUUCAGUCGUGUCUCCUCCUUUCGAAGGCAUGGGAAAACCCACAGCUGAGUCAAACAUCUGAAAGUAUGGAGUGUCGUUCCUAAUCCGUUCUAUUGUUCUUCAUUCCUUCGAUACGGAACAACGCACGCUGGGGAGAGACGCUUGCGAGUAGUGUGGGAAAGCUUUCGGGCAGCUCCAGCAUUUGCAAAGUCAUUUGAGAUACAGUUGCGUGAAACCCUAGGAGAGUAAAGAGUCUGGGAAAGCGUAGCGGGUUUACUCCUUCCUUGGAGGACGCACAGUGGGGAGAGACCCUUUGAAGGUCAGCACUGUGG